AUGGAUCGCCAGUCCGCGUACUCUCUCAGCUUAUUCGGCGAAAGCACUGUCGACGGCCAGUCCAGCAACAAGGCGACGCAGAAGCAGCUGGUCGAUUUUGUGCUCGAUUUCCACCUCGACGACGUCUUCAUCUACCGCGACCAGAUUCGCGAAAAUGUCCUCUCCAAGCAAUACUACUGCGAUAUCGACAUUGCUCAUCUGAUUGCAUACAACGAAGAGCUGGCAGAUCGAUUGAAUAACGAACCUGGCGACCUCAUCCCAAUCUUCGAAGCGGCGCUCAAGACAUGCACGCAAAAGAUUCUCUACCCCUCCCGCACCGAAGACGAUCUCGCCGCCGCCAAGUCCCUCCCCGAACAUCAGCUACUCGUCCACUCCUCAGUCUCGCAAACCUCCAUUCGAGGUCUCACAGCCACCAAUGUCUCCCAUCUCGUGCGCAUCCCGGGAAUCGUUAUUGGCGCCAGCACUCUCUCCUCCAAAGCCACCAGCAUCCACAUGCAAUGUCGAAACUGUCAACAUGAGCAGAACAUGCCCAUCACUUCAGGCUUCACGGGAAUGUCGCUCCCUCGCAACUGCGCACGUAUGAAGGGUCCAGACGAUGGAGAGAAAUGCCCGCUUGAUCCAUACUUUGUCGUCCACGAAAAGUCACAAUUCAUCGACCAGCAAGUGUUGAAGCUGCAGGAGGCACCAGACGAUGUACCUGUUGGUGAAUUGCCUCGUCACAUCCUCGUUAGCGCCGACCGAUACCUCGCGAACAGAGUCGUGCCGGGAACGAGAUGUGUGGUGAUGGGAGUUUUCAGCAUCUACAACAACCAGAAGAACAAUAAAGGAGGCGCAGUCGCCAUUCGCAAUCCAUACCUCCGUGCUGUGGGACUGCAGACAGAUCGCUCCAGCAACGCCUCAAGUGGGAUGGGCAUUCAAUUUAGCGAGGAGGAAGAGCAGGAGUUCUUGGAGUUGUCCCGGCGGCCUGACCUAUACUCUCUUUUCGCUAGCUGUGUUGCACCCUCCAUCUACGGCAACGCGGACAUCAAAAAGGCCAUCACAUGUCUGCUCAUGGGUGGUAGCAAGAAGAUUCUUCCGGAUGGUAUGAAGCUUCGUGGAGACAUCAACGUGCUGUUACUCGGAGACCCAGGAACGGCCAAGUCCCAACUGCUCAAGUUCGUCGAGAAGGUCGCUCCCAUUGCAGUCUACACAUCCGGCAAAGGUUCCUCAGCAGCAGGUCUCACUGCUUCCGUGCAGAGAGAUACCACAACUCGGGAGUUCUACCUAGAGGGAGGUGCUAUGGUUCUUGCAGAUGGCGGUGUAGUCUGUAUCGACGAGUUCGACAAGAUGCGCGACGAAGAUCGUGUUGCAAUCCACGAAGCCAUGGAACAGCAGACCAUCUCCAUCGCCAAAGCUGGAAUCACCACAAUCCUCAACGCUCGUACAAGUGUUUUGGCAGCCGCUAAUCCAAUCUUUGGACGAUACGACGAUAUGAAGAGUCCCGGCGAGAAUAUUGACUUCCAGACCACCAUCCUCUCCCGUUUUGAUUUAAUCUUCAUCGUACGAGACGACCAUGACAGGAAUCGUGACGAGACGAUCGCCAGACACGUCAUGGGAAUUCACAUGGGUGGUAACGGAGUGCAAGAACAAGUACACGCGGAAAUUCCAGUGGAGAAGAUGAAACGAUACAUCUCCUACGCCAAAUCUAGAUGUGCGCCGAGAUUGAGUCCCGAGGCAGCGGAGAAGCUUUCAAGUCAUUUCGUGUCUAUUCGACGACAGGUCGCCAGAGCAGAAGCGGAUGCUAACCAGAGAAGCUCCAUUCCCAUCACCGUCCGACAACUGGAGUCUCUAGUGAGAAUAUCAGAGUCUCUCGCGAAGAUGGAGCUAGCACCCAUUGCAACAGAGAAGCAUGUUGACGAAGCUAUCCGAUUGUUUUUGGGCAGUACCAUGGACGCUGUGAUGAGUGCCGGAGGGGAAGGAGCCGCGGGUAUGGCAGGUAUGGGAGGAAACGGGGAAUUGGUCAACGAAGUGCACAAAGUCGAGGAGGAGUUGAGGAGGAGGCUGCCGAUUGGAUACACAGCUAGUCUGGCGACGCUGAGGAGGGAGUUUGUGGAGAGGAAGGGCUACAGUGAGAUGGGAUUGAAUCGGGCUUUGCAGGUGCUAAGUCGGAGGGAGAGCGUGCAGUUUAGAAGAGGUGGAGCGCUGGUGCAUCGGAGCGGAUACUAG